GAGGUUCACUGGCUAUGGUGGAUGCUGUGCUGCAACAACGAAGGCCACAAAUCAACAGAGCUACAAUUCGAACCAAGAGAAUUUUGUGUAAGAGAACUGGUUGUUGAAUUGUGCUGGUUGCUCCUUUUUUUUUCGUCUUACGAUUGCGGCACUGCAGCAAUGGCAGCUCACACGAUGGCCGCGCUGGUUAGCAGCGAACUGGCCAACAUAUCGGGACACAGCAGCUCAUCUCCAACGAGCUCACAAUCGCCUCUCUCACGCACAAGUUCGACUCUGACGCUCAGUCAAUCCCCUUCGGGAGCCUCGCCAUCAGGAUUCUCGUACAGCGGGCGUCUCAGCGAUUCGAAUACCGUCCCCGGUGGGGCGAACUCUGGAUUUACUGGACGGAGACGAGGUUUUUUUCCCCCGCGGCGUGGUCAUGAGGGGAGGCGGAGGGAGGCCGGGACAGUUUGUGCGCCGAGAGCAGGUCUUGGAGGUUUCCUUGGUGGAAUUUUUAAGGGAGCAGACACGGGUGAGGCAGCAAGACAGAUGUAUUCGGGUCAAGUGGCGCAGGUUAACGCCUUGGAAGGAGAGAUGCUGGGUUUAAGCGAUGAUGAACUUAGGGCUCGCACCUCGCAGUUGCAGAGUCGGUCUCGCGGCGGAGAGUCUUUGGAUUCUUUACUGCCUGAAGCCUUUGCUAUUGUACGUGAAGCUUCGAAGAGGGUUCUUGGACUAAGGCCUUUCGAUGUACAGCUGAUCGGAGGAAUGGUUCUACACAAAGGGCAAAUUGCAGAAAUGAGAACAGGAGAAGGGAAGACACUUGUUGCAGUCCUACCUGCAUUUCUGAACUGCUUGACAGGCCAGGGGGUGCAUGUCGUGACCGUGAAUGACUACUUGGCGAGACGCGAUUGUGAGUGGGUCGGCCAAGUUCAUCGUUUCUUGGGCCUUCGAGUCGGCUUGAUUCAACAGGGGAUGACUCCAGAGGAGCGUAGGACUAAUUAUAAUUGUGACAUCACCUAUGUAACGAACAGUGAGCUUGGUUUUGAUUUUCUUCGGGACAACUUGGCUACUAACAAAGAGGAGUUAGUGUUGCGUGGUUUCAACUUUUGCGUGAUUGAUGAAGUUGAUUCUAUCCUUAUCGAUGAAGCUCGCACUCCACUCAUCAUAUCCGGCUCUGCCGAGAAACCAAGUGAGCGCUAUAUUAAAGCAGCGAAGAUUGCAAGUGCCUUUCAGCGUGACUACCAUUACACAGUUGAUGAGAAGCAAAAGUCAGUGUUAAUGAGUGAGAUCGGUUACGAGGCGGCUGAAGAAAUCUUAAAUGUGACUGAUCUCUACGAUCCAAGGGAGCAGUGGGCUUCUUAUAUCAUUAAUGCUAUUAAAGCCAAGGAGUUGUUCCUCAAGGAUGUGAAUUACAUUGUUCGGGGCCAGGAUGUUAUGAUAGUUGAUGAGUUCACUGGAAGAGUGAUGCAGGGAAGGAGGUGGAGCGAUGGGUUACAUCAGGCUGUUGAAGCCAAAGAAGGUGUUAAAAUUCAAAAUGAGACAGUCACACUUGCGUCCAUCAGUUACCAAAACUUCUUCCUUCAGUACCCCAAACUGUGCGGGAUGACAGGAACUGCAGCCACUGAAGUUGACGAAUUCGAAAAAAUCUACAAACUGAAGGUCACAGUAGUGCCCACUAACAAGCCCAUGAUUCGCAAGGAUGAGUCAGAUGUAGUUUUCAAGUCUGUAAAUGGCAAGUGGCGAGCAGCUGUUGUGGAGAUAUCUCGUAUGCACAAAACCGGCCGACCUGUCUUGGUUGGGACGACCAGUGUGGAGCAAAGCGAAUCACUCUCUGCACAGCUAACUGAAGCGUCAAUUCCACAUCAGGUACUGAAUGCGAAACCAGAAAACGUCGAAAGAGAAGCUGAAAUUGUUGCACAGAGCGGGCGCUUAGGAGCCGUGACAAUAGCUACGAACAUGGCUGGUCGUGGUACCGACAUUAUAUUGGGAGGAAACGCCGAAUUUAUGGCCCGGCUCAAGUUACGAGAAAUGCUCAUGCCUCGGGUAGUAAGGCUGAGUGACGAGGAAAUCCCCUUCCAAAAAACCAAGAAAUUACCAACCAAGAAGACAUGGAAGGUCAAUCCAAGCCUGUUCCCUUGCGAGCUGUCAAAUGAUUGCGCAACACUGGCAGAGGAAGCAGUUGAAGCUGCCGUGAAUGCUUGGGGAGAAAAAGCGCUGCCCGAACUGGAAGCUGAAGAUCGGCUUUCAUAUGCUUGUGAACGGGGUCCAACUGAAGAUCCAGUAGUGGCACAGUUACGUAAGGCCAACCUAGCUAUUCUGUCGGAGUACAAGACUUAUACCGAUGAAGAGAAGAAAAAGGUGGUAGCGGCAGGGGGACUUCAUGUGGUUGGCACCGAGAGGCAUGAAUCAAGGCGAAUUGACAAUCAGCUGCGGGGUCGUAGUGGUCGUCAAGGAGAUCCUGGAAGCACUAGAUUUUUCCUAAGCUUGGAAGACAACAUCUUUAGGAUUUUUGGUGGUGAUCGCAUACAGGGCUUAAUGAAAGCAUUUAGGGUUGAAGAUCUUCCUAUCGAGUCAAAAAUGCUUACAAAGUCUCUAGAUGAAGCUCAAAAGAAGGUAGAGAGUUAUUUCUUUGACAUCCGUAAGCAACUCUUUGAGUAUGAUGAAGUUUUAAAUAGUCAACGUGACCGGGUGUACACCGAACGUCGGCGCGCUUUGGAGGCGACAAACUUAGAAGCACAAAUGAUUGAAUAUGCAGAAUUGACAAUGGAUGAUAUCCUGGAGGCAAACGUGGACUCAUCCCUUCCUCAGGAAGAAUGGAAUUUAGAAGCUUUAUGUGCAAAAGUCAAGCAAUACUGUUACCUGCUGGAGGAUUUGACACCUGAGCUAUUGAAUGAGAAGUGCCCCACAUAUGAUAGUCUUGGUGAUUAUCUUCGCAUGCGGGGCCGUGAGGCAUAUGUCGAGAAAAAGAGAAUUGUGACGGAGAAAGCUCCAGGGCUUAUGGAAGAAGCUGAGCGAUACUUCGUCCUCUCACAAACCGACAAUCUUUGGAAAGAGCAUUUACAAGCUUUAAAAUUCGUGCAACAAGCUGUUGGACUUCGAGGAUAUGCUCAGCGAGACCCUUUGAUUGAGUACAAAUUAGAGGGUUACAACUUAUUUCUGGAAAUGAUGGCUCAAAUUCGGCGAAAUGUUAUAUACUCUGUUUACCAGUUUCAACCAGUGAUGGCGACGCCUACAGCCGCAAAUGGUAGUAGCAAGAAAGACUCGUCUCAAACCAAGGGAAAAGUAUCUGCAACUGCAAGUUAAGGCGUUGUGAAAGCAAAUGCUGCCGCUGGAGAAAGCAGAGUCUGGCUGAAGGUCAGUUGGCUCCUGCUAGGUUUGUAAAAAAUAUUCUUUGUGUACACCGAAUAAUAUUAGCAAGCGCACCUUGUGCCCGAGUGGUGGUGUAUUGUUUCGACGAA